CUGCUGACCUCCCCAUCUCCUCCCCAUUCUCCCCAGGCCUAUGAGCUGUCCACGCUGACAGGGACACAGGUGCUGUUGCUGGUGGCCAGCGAGACGGGCCAUGUCUAUACCUUUGCCACUCGAAAGCUGCAGCCCAUGAUCACCAGUGAGACUGGCAAGGCACUGAUUCAGACCUGCCUCAACUCGCCAGACUCCCCGCCCCGCUCAGACCCCACCACCGACCAGAGGAUGAGUGCCACGGGCUUUCAGGAGACAGACCUCACCUACCAGGUGUCUGAGUCCGACAGCAGUGGGGAGACCAAGGACUCACUGAAACCGGUGUUCACAGUCACCAACCUGCCGGGUACCACCUCCACCAUCCAAACAGCACCCAGCACCUCUACCACCAUGCAAGUCAGCAGCGGCCCUUCCUUCCCCAUCACCAACUACCUGGCACCAGUGUCUGCUAGUGUCAGUCCCAGUGCCGCCAGCAGUGCCAACGGGACGGUGCUGAAGAGUACGGGCAGUGGCCCUGUCUCCUCUGGGGGCCUCAUGCAGCUGCCUACCAGCUUUACCCUCAUGCCUGGUGGGGCAGUGGCCCAGCAAGUUCCAGUGCAGGCCAUUCAGGUGCACCAGGCCCCACAACAAGCGUCUCCCUCUCGCGACAGCAGCACAGACCUCACGCAGACCUCCUCCAGCGGGACAGUGACCUUGCCCGCCACCAUCAUGACGUCAUCUGUACCCACAACUGUGGGCGGCCACAUGAUGUACCCCAGCCCCCAUGCGGUGAUGUAUGCACCCACCUCGGGCCUGGCUGAUGGCAGCCUCACCGUGCUCAAUGCCUUCUCCCAGGCGCCAUCCACCAUGCAGGUGUCCCACAGCCAGGUCCAGGAGCAAGGUGGCGUCCCCCAGGUGUUCCUGACAGCACCAUCUGGGACAGUGCAGAUCCCUGUUUCUGCAGUUCAACUUCACCAGAUGGCUGUCAUAGGGCAGCAGGCCGGGAGCAGCAGCAACCUCACCGAGUUACAGGUGGUGAACCUGGACGCCGCCCACAGCACCAAGAGUGACUGAUCUGCCCUGCCGCCCUGGACAGAUGGCCCAGGAGACGGCACCACUUAUUUAUUGUUGCCUUUUCACGUUUUCUUCACACACAUGACGGGCCGCAGGAGGGAGGCGGGGAGGAGCAGUGGGCAGCCACAGGACUGAGCCCUCUCACUCCAGCCAAAGAAAUGGGCCAGCCUACCCUCCACCCCGGCCUCCCUCACUCUCCCCUCCUUCUGGCUCCACCUCCCAUUCUGUUGAUGGUGGGGCUGCCCUCCCUCCUCAGACUUCCCUUGCCAGCUUGGCUCCAUGUUUGCCAUGAGUAUUAGCUUUCCCAGUGGACCGUGCCCCACCUACCACAACAGAUCUUUGUGGGACUAGGUACCAUCCUCCCUGCCACCUCGAGGAAGCAAUGGGGUCCUCUGUCCAGCCUCAAUGCUGACCCCAUGUCAGUACUGUGUCUGCCACAGGCUGGGUCAGUAGAGCCCGCCCCAGGGAGCCAUCUGGGGAGAUGGGCUUCUUCCCUCAUGCUGCCCGCCUGCAGCCCCUGCAGCUCCAAGUAGCUGGGCCUGUGCAGGGAGCAGGUACCCCCGGGCCAUCUGCCCUGCCUUGCCGCUCCCUUGGGGACUCCAGGGGCUCCUGGGUUGGAGGGAACCAUCAUUGUUCUUUCUCCCCGUCUUCCCCCCCUCUCCUCCCAGCUGCUUUACUUAAAGUUGAUUUUGAACUUUUUAUUUGAGGAGACGAAGUGAAAACAAAUCUAUAAAUAUAUAUUUUUAAAAUAUUUAACUUUUUUUUAUGGAGUUUUUCUCGUCCCCCUCCCUGCCCAAGCUCCCCUUCCCUGGGGAGCCCUGGGGCUCCCCAGAACUGGCUGGGCCUCUGGGGACAGAGCCACCCCCUGAACUUGGGGCCCACCAGUGUGUGGGGGAGAUUCUGGGAUUGCCCGGUCCUGGGUUAUUUCCAGGAGAAAACCGGGGGAGGGGCCCUCAGGCCAUGCCACAAUGGGAUGGGGGGGGGGUGACCCACAGCUCUGGGCCUCUUUUUGCCCUCUAGGGCUGUUGCUAGGGAGAGGGAAGAGGGAGACCAAAUGGUGGGGUGUCAGGUAGAGGAAACUGACUUCAUUUGUGCCACAUGCAUGGGCAUUGCAGCCUUGUGCUCCCCAGGCCUGCAGCUGCUUGGGGCCCAAGUUGCAGUGAGCAGGGUGGGAUCUGGGAGGGGGUGAGAGGCAGGAAAGGGGCUCAGAAAAAUGGGAGCAGCUCUUGGGCUGAGUGCAGUGAUAGGGGAACCAGAAGUGGGCAGCUCUCCCAGGGAGUGAGCAGCUACUGUAACUUUUUAAAAUUAAGACAAAAAGCCUUGAAGAAAAUGACUUUAUUUUUCUAAGUGUAACCUCAGUAUUUAUGUAAUUUGUACAGGGGCCGUGCCCCACCCCCCUCUUCCCCCUUUGGGGUAGACCUUCAGGGUGGGCCAACACGGGGAGGGUCUUUUACCCUGUGUCAGAGCCCAUCUUCACCCCCAGUAUCCAGAAAGGAAGCUUUUUCAGAACAGGGCAGCAGUUGGGGUGGAGUUUUAUUAACCCUGUGACUGCCUUCAGUAGGAACAAGCCUGCUUCUGUGAUUAGGUGAAGGGGUGGGGGGAGAUUUUACGCACAGCCUAGUUAUCAAGGGGAUGAUUUGCCAACAUUUUUUGAGUCCCCCCUAACCUCUAACCCCCAUUGCUGUCUUGCCCCAAUUUCGGGUGCCAAGAUAGAAGUCACCUUUCUGGGCUUUCUCCUGGAGAGAGCUGGGGCUUAUGGGUGGCUUACAAGGCUGGGGCAUGGCAAAUCAGGGGCCAGAGAGUGGGGGGCUUGGGACUCAGGUCUGUAACUGCCCAGCCCUUUUCUCUGCUCUUGUUUCACUCCACCCUCACUCACUCACUUCCCAACUCCCCCACCAGGGGAGGAGACCUUGAUGAAUUCCUCCUCUCCUUCCCACAAAAGACAGACCCAGUGAGUGAAUCAGGCAAAGUGCUUAUAAUGUGUGUUGUGUGAGCAUGGCCUUGGGAGAACAUGCGUGCAUCAGGGAUAAGGUGGCAUUUAUAUGUGCAGCAACCCUUGGUGUUUCCCUUCCUUGGUGGCUCUGGGGUGUGUGUGUGUGUGUGUGUGUGUGCAUGCACACGCGUGCGCACGCUUGAGUGAAUGUGUGUGUGAAUGUGGGGUGUGUAUGUCAGUGAUUUCUACUUCCUGGGAUGCUGACCCAGGAAUAGUGGACAUGGUCACAGUCCUAUGUACAGAGCUUUCUUUUGUAUUAAAAAAAAAAUACUCUUUCAAUAAAUGUAUCAUUUUUGUGCACAGAC